UCACGGUCUCCCUCUAGCCCACGAUUUGUUCUCGAACUCUCAUGAUUUCUCCACUCGACCAUCAAGGAGCAAACACAAAGUUUUAUUUCAUUCUUCGACUUCGACUCAUUAUUUCGGCAAAUAUGUUUGUGAAUGUUAAAUGUAUCUACCCAACUGACUUCCGCAGGAAUUGUGAAUAUUCGUCACGAUGUCGAUGACAGUUGUACCGCUACUGCAUGCCACUCCUUCUCACCAAAAUCGAGGGCAAAGGCAAUGAAUGGCAUCAAAACUGCCGUCUCUAACAUGGCAGAUGUUAGUCCGAGUCGUGCCCAAUGUCGCCUUCCCACCUAUCCUACCAAAUUCUUCGGUCGAGAGCUCGGUGCACAGACCUCCUUCGCCAGCGAGACUGAACGCUACAUCGCGCCUUUUGCCUCCGGGAGCUGUUUGAGAAAGAAUCACAGGGUGGCAUCGUAUACCAAACAUAGCCAAUCGCAAAUGGCUUGUCGGUGAGCUCAUGCCACAGGUAUGCGACAUUGUUGCGAUUGUACCAUGGCAGUAUUGUUCCUCAGCUGACAGGGUUGCGCUUCGAGUUAAUAACAAGUACGUCAAGACUCAGGGAUAUUGUA